UUUUUAAUUGGCUUGAUGACAAAUUGGGAAGUUUCAAAUACCAUUGUUCUUCCUUGCCUGUUCCUCCACUCUAUCUACCAGUCAGUCAGUCACUCACUCCUCUUUCUCUCUCUUGCAAUUCACUGUUCCCUCUUCUGGCCCUGUCUCUCUGCAACCCCAGAUAGCUUCGAUUACUUCUCACGCUCAUGUUCGUGUAAAGAUUCAAACUUUACAUCUGGGUGGUUGAUGGAGUUACCUUCCCUCUCUCAUUGGAGGGCAACUGCAACUAUGAGAGUUUGGCCUUUUUUCUUGCUCCUGAUUCUACUGAAGAGUGAUGUUGUAUAUUCAGAUUCUAAUUACUUGAUUGGUCUUGGAAGCUAUGACAUCACUGGUCCUGCAGCUGAUGUUAACAUGAUGGGGUAUACUAACACAGAACAAAUUGCUUCUGGGGUUCACUUCAGGCUGCGGGCUCGUACUUUUAUUGCUGCUGAGCCCAAGGGUAACCGGGCAGCGUUUGUGAACCUCGAUGCUUGCAUGGCUUCAGAUCUUAUCACCACCAAAGUAUUUGAGAGGCUGAAAGCAAGAUAUGGUGACCUAUAUACGGAAAAGAAUGUAGCUAUUAGUGGAACUCAUACUCAUGCUGGUCCUGGGGGUUUUCUCCAGUAUGUUACGUAUCUUGUAACAUCGCUCGGAUUUGUUCGCCAGUCAUUUGAUGUCAUUGUUGAUGGCAUUGAGAAAAGCAUCAUUCAGGCUCAUGAAAAUCUCCGCCCAGGAUCAAUAUUUGUCAAUAAAGGAGAGCUUUUAGAUGCUGGUGUAAAUCGCAGCCCUAGUGCUUAUCUCAAUAAUCCUGCUGCAGAAAGAAGCAAAUAUAAGUACAAUGUUGAUAAAGAAAUGACUCUUUUAAAGUUUGUUGAUGAUGAAUGGGGUCCUUCAGGAAGCUUCAAUUGGUUUGCUACUCAUGGGACUUCAAUGAGUCGUACAAACUCGUUAAUUAGUGGCGAUAAUAAGGGUGCUGCUGCACGAUUUAUGGAAGAUUGGUUUGAGAAAAAAGGCUCUGCUGGAUUUGAAAAUGAUGGCUUACCCCGAAGAAUUUCCAACAUAAUUCCCAGUCUUCAUGCUAAUCACCAUGAAUUACUGGAACUUGCCGCCUCAUUCCAAUCUCCUCCUGGUAGACCAGCAACCAGAACUUCAAGUGUUGCUAGACGAGUGAGGGGUGUCCUUAAGCAGGUUGACAAGCCUAGAUUUGUUUCUGCAUUUUGUCAAUCAAAUUGUGGUGAUGUCAGUCCAAAUACACUCGGAGCUUUUUGUUUAGACACUGGACUACCUUGUGACUUCAAUCACAGUACAUGUGGAGGGAAAAAUGAAUUAUGCUACGGCCGAGGACCUGGUUACCCAGAUGAAUUUGAAAGUACGCAUACUAUAGGGGAGAGGCAAUUUAGAAAAGCAGUGGAGCUAUUCAAUGGAGCAUCUGAACAGGUUAAAGGAAAGGUUGAUUUUCGACAUGCCUACAUAGAUUUCUCCCAGCUCGAGGUAAAUCUUUCUAGUGCAGGAGCUUUUAAGGGAGCAAAGACAUGUCCUGCUGCCCUGGGAUUUGCACUUGCUGCUGGAACAACAGAUGGGCCAGGAGCUUUUGAUUUUAAGCAAGGUGAUGUUAAGGGAAAUCCUUUCUGGAACACGGUUCGCAACUUACUUAAAAAGCCAGGCAAGGAACAAAUAGACUGUCAGUACCCAAAGCCCAUUUUGCUUGAUAUCGGUGAAAUGAAGAUACCAUAUGAUUGGGCACCUUCAAUACUUCCAAUCCAGAUUCUUCGAAUUGGGCAGUUUGUUAUUCUUAGUGUACCAGGAGAAUUUACAACAAUGGCUGGGAGGCGUCUACGUGAUGCGGUGAAGGAAGUACUUAGUGCUGACAAAGACUUUGGUAGAAACAUUCAUGUUGUGCUAGCAGGGUUGACUAAUACUUAUUCACAGUAUGUGACUACAUAUGAAGAGUACGAGGUGCAAAGAUAUGAGGGUGCUUCGACGCUCUAUGGUCCACACACACUGAGCGCAUACAUUCAGGAGUUUAAGAAGCUCGCGAACGCUCUCAUCAGUGGCCAGCCUGUAGAACCAGGGCCACAACCCCCUGACCUCCUGAACAAGCAAAUAAGCUUCUUAACACCGGUUGUGAUGGAUGGAACCCCUAUUGGUGUACAGUUUGGGGACUGCAGCUCUGACGUACCGAAGAACGCCACCUUUAAGAAAGGUGACAUGGUGUCGGUUACAUUCUGGUCCGCAUGCCCUCGCAAUGACCUUAUGACUGAAGGCACAUUCUCCUUGGUUGAAUUUCUCCAAGGAAAGGAUACUUGGGUUCCUGCUUAUGAUGAUGAUGAUUUCUGCUUGCGCUUCAAGUGGUCUAGGCCUUUUAAACUCAGUACUCACAGUAAAGCCACCAUAGAAUGGAGAAUCCCACAAGAUGCAGCUCCUGGUGUAUACAGAAUAAAGCAUUUUGGUGCUGCAAAGGGCUUAUUAGGAUCAAUUCAUCACUUCACAGGCUCAUGUAGUGCAUUUGUAGUAACACAGUAGAGGGAGGGAUACUGAUUAUACAUGUUUACUUGGUCUGAAAGCUAUUUACUAUAUUUACUACUUGUUGUAUACUGAACUCUAGAAUGAUGUACUGAAUUAAAGAUGAUUCCAAUUUCCAGCAGAUAUCCUUUGUUGUUCA